AAAAGAAAGAUCGGAUAAGGAGAAGGAUAGAAAUGAUGAUGGCCACGAGACCAACAACCACCACCUUUGCAUUUGGAUCCUCCACUGCAACUAAGCAGCCAAUUUCAUCAUUGAUUUCCUUUAGAAAUCACCACCAAAUUAAGACUACUUCCACCACUAGAUCUUCUUCUGUUUCUGCAAUUUCUCCUCGACCUCAAGAGCAAAAGAAAGAGGCAGCAGUGAAGGAAAUAACAAGUAGUUGUGGUAGAAGAGACGCGAUUACAAAUUUUGGUGUCUACUUGGCUGCUGCAACCUUAUUUUCGCAGUCGCAUAAUUCACAAGCAGCUGAAUUAGCAUCAACCGUUGACUAUACGGUGACACCAUCAGGACUUGGGUAUUAUGACAAAGUAAUCGGAGUUGGUCCUCAACCUACCAAAGGCCAACUCAUCAAGGCACAUUAUGUUGGUAAACUGGAGAACGGCAAAGUAUUUGAUAGCAGCUACAACCGCGGAAAGCCUCUUUCAUUUCGUGUUGGCGUUGGUGAGGUGAUUAAAGGAUGGGAUCAAGGAAUUCUAGGCGGGGAUGGAAUUCCGCCCAUGCUCCCAGGGGGUAAACGUAGCUUAAAGCUUCCUUCUGACCUUGCAUACGGCAUGAGAGGUGCAGGCUGCAAAGGAGGUACCAAUUGUAUAAUACCUCCGAAUUCGACACUCUUGUUCGAUGUUGAGUUCAUCGGCAAGGCGUAAUCCAGAAUCUCAAGUCUCAGACGCCACUUCAGCACCACUGAAGAACCAAACGUGCAGUUAUCUAUUCUCAUAGCGAGUCGAAGCAGUUAGGAGGAGCUCGCUCAUUUUUCCGAGCUCAAUAACUCCAUCCAUCUGCUCCUUCUAUGUAUAAAAAAGAAGUUUUCUACAACAAAAUUUACAAUUAAUUAUCAAAUUAAGUAUUCUUUUCCUUUUAGUUCAGCUAUCCAUGAGAUUCGUUAGUGAUGUGUUCAGAGAUUUCUAAAACCAAGUAUGGUGUACAUGUUGCUCGGCUGGGAAUUUUGAUAGAUACCGCCUACAGAAGAGAAAAAAUGUGUCAUUUUUGUUC